GCGGCAGCAGGAGGAGAUGCGGGAAGUGUUGCGCGGCCGCUCGGGCAAUCGGCCGGUUUCGGGUGCCGGCGCUCCCCUCAUGGCGCUGCCCGGACCCGCCUGUGCCCGCACCCGCGCCGCGCUGGGGCGGCUGGAGAGAGCGCUGAGCUGCUCUCGCUGCGCCGGCGUCCUGCGGGAGCCCGUGUCCCUGGGGCAGUGCGAGCACGUCUUCUGCCUAUCUUGUGUGGGUGACUGUGUUGGCAGAGAAUGCCCAGUGUGCCACAUGCCAGCGUGGGUGCAAGAUGCACAGAUAAACCGUCAACUUGAUAACAUGAUUCAGCUUUGCAGCAGGCUGCGGCAUCUCCUUGGUGCGGGCACCUCAGAUUCGACAGACGGUAUGUCCACACCGACCAACUCAAAUGUUGGACAAAAGAAUAAGAAGGAAAAGAUAAAAAUGUGGUUCAGCCCAAGAAGUAGGAAGAUUCGAUGCGUUGUGAAUAAGAGUCACUCUAAGACUAAAAGUGAUGACAUUUUUCAAGAUAAGUCUUCAGUUUACGAUUUCAUUUCUUCCCCUCCCCAUGAAAAGCCCGCCAACCUGAUAAAAAAGCCAACACAGAAACAGAGUAAGAAGAUGAAGAAGAAACAUCUAGCAGACAUAAACAAAGUGUGGAGCUUAGAGAAGCCUGAGCAAAAAGGAAGAGUUGAAGGAAAGACUCCUAAGGAGAAGUGUGUGACCAUCUGCAGUCAACCAGUAAUCCUGUACACUUCAGAAUCAAAUAGCCCUGAAGAGACAGUCCAGCAGGAGGCUGUAAAGGAAGCUGACUCCAGCAGAAACACAGAAAAUGUGGAAAUACUGCCACAGGUAAAAUCCUCAGGAAACAGAUGUAACGGUGAGGUUGUGUGCCUUCCACAAGUCAGCAAGGAAAAAAAUUGUAGUACAGAGACAUCGCUGUCAAUAGAAAAUGAAGCUAUGCCUUUAAAACGUGAAAGGGAGCAAUCCAGACUUCCAGUUGCUUCUCAGUCUAAAAGACCAAGAAGAACUGAGAGGAGCAUUAUUGGGAAGCCAGUCAAUCAGGCAGAUUGCUUAGAGGAGUUGCCUCAGGGUAGCCCCAUCUCCCCAGUGACUGAACACAAGACACCAGUUCAGGUUUCUUCCCCUGUGUCCAAACUCACUGACACCACCAUGAAGACACGUAGUUCUGCAGUCUCUCAAGCAAUAAACAGUCCUUCAGAAUCUCCCUCUACCCCAUCUACUUCUAAGACUUGUCAUCAAGCAGAAAUACCACACAGUCCUUCUGUGUUCAAGUUGCCUGGCGGUAACACAGUUGCCAGAAGAAAUUACAAAGGAGAGACUUUACUCCAUGUUGCUUCCAUCAAGGGUGACUUAGCGGCUGUUGAACAACUGCUGAAAAAUGGAGCAGAUCCCAAUGUCAAAGAUAAUGCAGGCUGGACACCACUGCACGAGGCAUGUAAUCAUGGGCACAGAGAAGUGGUGGAGCUGUUACUGCAGUACAGGGCGCUAGUGAAUACUACAGGGUACCAGAAUGACUCGCCGCUUCAUGAUGCUGCCAGGAAUGGGCAUGUGAGCAUUGUUGAGCUGCUUCUUUUGCAUGGUGCUUCCCGUGAUGCAGUUAAUAUAUUUGGUCUGCGGCCUGUGGACUACGCAGAAAGUGAAAAGAUGAAGUCUGUGCUAAUGUUACCAGUGAAGAAUGAAUCAUUUCCACUUAACCAACCCUCUGAGGUGCUGAGCUCCAGCCAGCCAAGAGAUGGACCUCUUGGUAUACUGGGGAGCAAUCUUAGUGUGGAACAACAGAAACAGCUGAACAAACUAACAACAGUUCUGAAGGCUCGAAAAUGUACUGAUUUUAACAGCAGAGUAACUCAUCUUGUUAUCCCUGAUGUUCCAAUGCCAAAAACUGUCAAAUGUAUGAUGGCUAUUCUGACUGGAUGUUGGGUCCUCAAAUUUGAAUGGGUACGAGCCUGUCUACGGACCACAGUUCGAGAACAAGAAGAGAAGUAUGAAAUUCAAGGUGGCCCACAAAGAGGCCGGCUCAACAGAGAACAUCUGCUGCCUAAGUUGUUUGAUGGAUGUUAUUUCUAUUUCUUGGGAUCUUUCAAACAUCACCAGAAGAGUGACCUUGUGGAGCUGGUCAAAGCAGCAGGAGGACAAAUUCUGGUUAGACAGCCUAAACCAGACAGUGAUGUGACACAGACAAUAAACACGGUGGCAUACCAUGCAGAAUCUACUUCUGACCAGAGAUUUUGCACUCAAUAUGUGAUCUAUGAUGUGUCUUCUAAAUUCAAGCCGGAGAAAAUUCGUCAAGGCAAAGUCUGGAUGGCCCCCUCCAACUGGCUUAUAGACUGUAUGAUGUCAUUUCAGCUCCUGCCUGUAAAAUGAGUAUCCGUCUCAUGAGCAGGGUUUUGAAACGUGGGUCUGGAGCAGUUGGCACGCUUUGGUAAACAUUGGUCUGCAGCUGUGAUCUAUGUUUUGCUCUUAGGAAUACAGGAGAGAUGUGACGAUUUCAAUGAGUUGCUAAAAUCACUGAAGCGCUGGAAUAAGAGAGAUAAACACACCUCACUGAAAAAUGUGCCUUGGGUUCUUUAAUAUGCUUUGGUUUUGCAUUUAACUGUAAUAAUCACUGACAUUUUGUAACUAAGAUUGUGCAUAACGAAACCUUUUUCAUUCUUGAUUAGAACCAGCCCUUUGUAAGUAAUAGAGCAUGACCCCAUUUUUUUUGUGUUUAAUAUCCAUUGACAGGGAUCUGCUGUAUGCGUUAUCUCAUCUGUCAGAUGGCAUGUGAUGUUUCUUGAAACAUCCUACAGCAGGAUUUUGAAGGAAACUCUUGGCAUGGGACAAGCCUUAUAGAAAUUGGAGUUGAACUAAUGGCCUGAAUUUGUUUGAGGCAGAUGAUUUUGAAAACACUGUCUUUAAAAUUUAAUCUUGCUCUAAAAUUCCUUAUUAGAGGA